GGUGCCGCGACUGGCUAGGCUGCUCGCGCACAACACUGAGGUUCAGACAGCAGCAGCGCGAGCGAUGCGAGACAAGGGCUGCGUGGAAACAGACUACAGCUAAAAAACAGAACCCCCACCCCUCGCCCGGAGUUCCGUCUUGUUUUCAGCGGCGUGGAAAGAAACACAACGCUGCCAGCAUGUCGGUGCUCGCUCUGCAAGAGUACGAGUUCGAGAGACAGUUCAACGAGGACGAAGCCAUCCGAUGGAUGCAGGAGAACUGGAAGAAGUCCUUUCUCUUUGCUGCGCUCUAUGUUGCCUUUAUCCUCGGUGGCCGCCAUGUCAUGAAACAGAGGGAGAAGUUUGAGUUGAGGAAACCGCUGGUGCUAUGGUCGCUCACACUAGCUGUAUUCAGUAUAUUCGGUGCCAUCCGUACUGGGAGCUACAUGAUGCACAUCCUGAUGACGAAAGGGCUCCAACAGUCCGUCUGUGACCAGGGCUUCUACAACGGGCCUGUCAGCAAGUUCUGGGCAUACGCCUUCGUACUCAGUAAAGCACCAGAACUGGGCGACACACUCUUCAUCGUCCUGAGGAAACAGAAGCUCAUCUUCCUCCACUGGUACCACCACAUCACCGUGCUACUCUACUCCUGGUACUCCUACAAAGACAUGGUGGCCGGCGGCGGAUGGUUCAUGACAAUGAACUACUUGGUCCACGCCGUCAUGUACUCUUAUUACGCCCUGCGGGCGGCCGGCUUCAAAGUGUCACGCAAGUUCGCCAUGUUCAUCACGCUGACCCAGAUCACCCAGAUGCUGAUGGGCUGCGUGGUCAACUACCUGGUGUACUCGUGGAUGCAGCAGGGCCAGGAGUGUCCAUCCCACAUGCAGAACAUUGUGUGGUCCUCCCUCAUGUACCUCAGCUACUUUGUGCUCUUUAUCCAGUUCUUCUACGAGGCCUACUUUGGCAAGUCCAAAUUAUCGGCCUCGGCCGUCACCAAGAAGAGUGAGUAGACAAAUGCCAUGAGUAUGGGAAGAGGGGAGAUAAUGAAGAAAAAGGGAGUUUGAAAUGGAGGAGCAGGGACCAGUGACUUGAGAUAAACUGUUAGCGGUGAGGGGUUGUUGGAAUAUUAGACGGGUGAUUCAGAGGUGAGGGUGGGGGUUGGGAGGGUCAAGAGGAUGGCUGGUGUUUGUGCUUGAGCAUUACUACUAAUGUGCAGAUCUAAAAUGCCUCAAGGGACGUAGCGUCUCCGUUAAGGGGUGCCGAGGAAGCAGCGCCGCCAUGAUCAGAGCCAUCGUGACUUGUCCACCUUUAAAAUCCCUUUUAUUUUAAAAAUUCAUCAUGAAAAUUUUUUUUAUAACCUAAAAUGUAACAAAAGGACAAAAAAAAAUCCCAUCUGCCACAAGCAUAUGUUUACUUGAUAUUAAAUAAAUAAAUAAAUUGGUACAUAUGAAGAUGGAUGGAGUCGACAUUAACUUGAGCCAUCUGAAUAUGUUUCUGUCUGUUGUCAGUGUUUGUUGUUUUGGUCAAAGAAGACGUUUGAGACACUGGUGAGAGUUGGUGGUGGAUGUGAACUGACGGGGUGAAUGGCACUGUAUCUUCUGUGUCUUACAUUGCAAAAUGCGAUAUUUUCUCAGGUCUUUGGGUUAUCUCUUUCUUAAUAUAAUAUGCAUAUCAAGACAAAGUGGACAUGUUUAACAUCAGCACCGGUUUACAGUAUGGAAAUGUAUCCAGUAUUGGCCGUAUAGUUGAGAAAAGUGUGAAUGAAGCUGAUUGGACGGACUGCCUCAGAUGAUCGCUCUGCUCCUGAGCAUGAUGGGGAAACGGAUGCUGACAGUGCCCUGCUUCAUCACUCGUCAUGACCUCGCAGAAGUUGCCGACCACACUUGGAAAAUGACUUGCCAUUGAUUUCCAAAUGCAUCUCCGUGGUGAAGGGCCCCUACCAGUGAAGAAACCUCGUAUGUGAGACACUGAAGGCUUAAAUGGAGGACAAAAAUAUUUGUUUAGAAAAAGAAGAAAUCAAACAUGCAAAUUGUCGAAAUCUGCUGGAUUGACUUUGAAAAAUAUUAUGUAUUCUUAAUGGUGUCUGUUGUGCUAUUGUGCAUUUGCACUGUAUCAAUGUCAAAAACAAUUGUUGCUGAAAAAUGUAACGUAUGAACAAAGAGUGCAAACUGUGA